UCCUUGAACGACUACAACGACACCAGCCCCCCCACACUACUUUUCCAUCCGUUUAAACUGCUCAUCAUGUCUUCUGACUAUGAUAUUUCUGACGAUGACGGCGAUUAUUAUGACGAUGAAGACAUGUUCGACGGUACACAAGAUGAUGCCGACACGGAUGAUGAGAUGGACAUGGACACCUUUGGAGACGACUUUAAGGUCACGACACAGCCGAAAAUGAAGUCGUAUGAGAUUGACUACCAACCUCUGAGCCAGUCCGCGGUAGAGGUACUCAUGAAGAAAGACGUCGAGCAAUGUUGUUCUGUGCUCGGAAUCGAUGAAAACAUAGCGAAGAUUCUACUCCGAUAUUUGUCAUGGAAUACGGAGAAACUCAUUGAGAAGUACAUGGAUAACGCGUCAGCCGUCCUUGUGGCAGCCGGUGUUGCGCUUCCAUCGCCACGAACUUCUCCCACAUUGCCACGCUCACACAGCGUGGCAUCUCAGUCUACUUCCUCCCAUGCAGGAGGUCGUGCGACGAGGUCAUCAUCGAAGCUACAAUCAGUUCUGUCAUCAUCAUCCCGAAUUUCUUCGCGACUUUCUCCUCCACUGUCGUCGAAAUCUGCAAAGCUUCCUAGGAGCGAACCCGAACUCUUUGUUUGUCCCAUCUGUUUUGAUGAUUCUCCUGAGCUGCAAACCCUUGGACUUGACUGCGGGCACAUGUUCUGCUCCGAAUGUUGGCAUGCAUACAUGACUGCAAAGAUUCGGGAAGACGGUGAACACUGCAUUCGCUGCAUGGCGGAGAACUGUGCCUUAGUAGCGCCAGAUGCCUUCAUCCGUUCUGUGCUCGUCCCAGAUGGCACAAGUGCUUCCCAAAGCGAAGGCACUCUUGCAUGGGCUCGCUUCCAGGAGCUGCUGGUCCGUAACUAUGUUGGCGCUAUGUCCAAUCUCAAGUUCUGUCCGCAUCCUGGAUGUACGAACACUGUUAGAUGCUCCGCUGCAGCUUCCAAGUCCAGCCUCAUUACGAUCGUGCCGAUAGUCUCUUGCGGUGCUCGUGGUAUCCCGGGCUCCGAAGAAGAUAGAAAGGCUUCAAAUUUGUCUGUUCAGGCCAAAGAACACAAGUUCUGCUUCGGGUGCCCUGUCGAGACGGAUCAUAGACCGGUGGUAUGUGCUGUGGCCUGGAUGUGGUUAAAGAAGUGCGAAGAUGACAGUGAAACUGCAAACUGGAUCAAGAGCAACACGAAAGAGUGUAGUCAGUGUCACAGUACGAUCGAGAAAAACGGCGGUUGCAACCAUAUGACAUGCAAAAAGUGCAAGCACGAGUUUUGUUGGGUUUGCAUGGGUCCAUGGUCGGAACAUGGAACUGCGUGGUAUUCCUGCAACCGUUAUGACGAAAAGACUGGAGUAGAAGCGCGGGAUGCUCAGAGUCGAAGUCGUGCGUCAUUAGAGAGAUACCUACACGUAAGUGAAUCGUGUAGGCCUUGUUUAUCUGGCAUUCUCAUAUUACCAGUAUUACAACCGUUGGGCCAACCAUGAACAAUCCGCGAAACUAUCCCUUGAUCUUUACGCCAAGACUGAAAAGAAGAUGGAGGACAUGCAGAUGACAUCGCAGCUUACGUGGAUUGAGGUACAAUUUAUGAAGAAGGCUGUGGAAGAGGUGGAGAAAUGUCGAACGACUCUAAAGUGGACGUAUGCUAUGGCAUACUACCUUUCCAAAGGGAACGAGAAAGAUUUGUUUGAGGAUAACCAACGAGAUCUGGAAAAGGCUGUAGAAGAUCUCUCAGAGCUUCUCGAGAGCCCUAUCGAUGCUGAGGCGAUCACUACCCUUCGACAGAAGGUCACCGACAAAACGGUCUAUGUCGCCAAGCGAAACGACAUCGUCCUCGAAGACACAGCAAACGGCUUCCACGAGGGAAGAUGGCGAUGGAACAUUCAUAUCGACGGUUUUGACCCUCCGGAAACGACCGUCCAGUGAUUGCAAUAAGUAUAGUGCGGUUGCUGGAUUAUCCGAAUAUUAGAAUAUAUCAUGUAAACGCAUUCUCCUGUCAGUUGCCCCUGCACACUCUUACUCUCAGUCGGACUUCCCAAGCAAGUUUCGCUACCUUCCUCCCCUCGAAUUGUUUCAAGUAAUUAGCUGUGUUGUGUACCUAACUACAUCCUAUAUAGUACUGAAUAACAAACAUAACGAUGACUGCCUCG